UCAUCCUGCACUGUCAUGGUGCUUGCUCCGGAUGUAGUUGUCAUGGAGAUGGAAAAGGGCUCAGCGUCUGCUAGUGGCACUGUUACCAUGGAAAUCUCCAUCGCAGCAGCUUCCUCGGUGCAGCGAGUGGAGCCAGAGGAGUACGGAGCUGCAUUCCAGCACAGAAACUAUCGCAUGCUGAUUGUGAUCGGAGAGAUUUCUACCAGUCAUCAGCUCGACACUGCCAGGAAACAGAUCACACAAGGUUUGCGUUCCUGGAAUAUUGAUCUGACUGUUUGUGACCUGGACAAAGAGCUGCAGCUGUUUGAGACCAGACACACCGCUCAGUUUUCAGCGCAGGUCAAAGGUCAGCGGACUCUCCAGUAUCAGAGUGGUGUCCUCCAGACAGUGGUAUUGGUGAACCCAUCAGAGGAGGCCGCUGCUUCAGAGAUCCGCUCACUGAUCACUGACCUUGCUGGGAAUAAGUUGCUGAUACUGAGCGGCCAGAGCUCUGAGCAGGGAGGUGACAUCCAACUGCAAGGUGGAGCCUUCACCUGGCAACACUUCUCUGACAUCAUAUCUGACCCGCAAGUGACUGAAGUCCUGUCCAGGGCGUCUUCAGAGCAGCACUCCAGGCUUACUGUUUCCUGUCAGGGAGACGGAGGCUGGAGCUCCCUGGGCCAAAGCCAGGAGCAACAGCCACUCCAAAAUCUUCUGGAAUACUGCCUGAACCCAGAACCCCACCUUCCCGACAUGGAUGGAGUCACAGAGUUCACCGAGUAUGUGUCGGAGACUGUGGAUGUGCCAUCACCCUUUGACCUUCUGGAGCCCCCGAACUCUGGAGGGUUUCUGAAGCUGUCCAAACCCUGCUGUUACAUCUUUCCUGGAGGCAGGGGAGACUCUGCCUUGUUUGCUGUCAAUGGAUUCAACAUCCUGGUGGAUGGAGGGUCUGAGCGGAAGUCCUGCUUCUGGAAGCUGGUUCGCCACCUGGAUCGGAUCGACUCUGUUCUGCUCACCCACAUUGGGGCAGACAAUCUUCCGGGCAUCAAUGGGUUGUUCCAGAGAAAGAUUGCCGAGCAGGAGGAGGAGCGGAACCAAGGAACUGGCUCCAGCAGCAGUGGUGAAUGGAUGAAGAACCUGAUUUCUCCCGAGCUUGGGAUUGUGUUUCUCAAUGUCCCAGAGAAGCUUCUGAUGCCUGAGUCCACAUUGAAGGUGAAGCGAAGCAUUGAGGAAGCAUCUCUGACACUGCAGUACCUCAACAAGCUUGGUAUCAGGCCAGAGCCACUUCACAGGGUCGUCAGCAACACUAUAGAGCCUAUCACACUGUUCCACAAACUUGGUGUGGGAAAACUAGACAUGUAUGUUUUAAACCCUGUAAAAGAAAGCAAAGAGAUGCAGUUUCUAAUGCAGAAGUGGGCUGGAAACAGCAAAGCCAAGACAGGCAUUAUGAUGCCCAAUGGAAAAGAAGGAGAAAUAUCUGUCCCCUAUUUGACAUCAGUCACUGCUCUCAUUGUUUGGAUUCCUCACCGUACUACAGAAAAGAUAGUCAGGGUGCUGUUCCCAGGAAAUGCACCGCAGAAUAAAAUCUUUGAGGGGCUGGAGAAACUAAAACACCUGGACUUCCUGCGAUAUCCAGUGGCAACACAAAAAGACAUAUUGUCUGGGGCACCACCUCCCAUCAUCAAACAGACCAAAAUAAGAUCAAGAACUGAGAGCAAAGAGAGUCUCAAAUCUUCACCCAAACCGCACCCUAAAACAGCAAAGAAAGAAGGCAGUGGGCAGGAGGAAGAGUCAAAGAGUGAAGAGAAUAGAGUAGAAAAGAAAGAAGAGAAAAAAGUCAAAAGUGAAAGUCUAAAAGCCACCAAACAGCAGAAAAACAGUGAGGUGGCCCCUGUGGCACAGAAGAAGAAAAUAUCCAAGGAAAAAAGUGGCAAGCAAGAGAAAGCAUCCAAGAUGGAUGAAAAGAAAGACAAAGAGAAGAAGGAAAUCAAGAAAGAGAAACGUGAAGUAAAGAAAGAUGACAAUAUGAGAAAAGAAGAGAAAAAAGACAGCAAGUCCAAGGAGGACAAAAAGAAAGACCCAAGUAAACCGGAGCUGAGAAAAAUCACUAAACCUGAUCUGAAGCCGCUCACACCAGAAGUGAGAAAAACUCUGCACAAGGCCAAGACUCAGACGAAGCCAAAAACACACAAAAAUAAAGCUGUUAAAGAGGCAGCAAAUGAGAAAAAGCCGGUCCCAAAGAAUGUCCCCGAAGAGGUUGCAGCAGCAGCUUUGGCAGACAGGUCCAUUGUGUCCUCCCCCGAGGACCUCACUGAGGACUUUGAGGCUCUAAAACAAGAAGAGCUGUCCACCCUGAAGACUGAGCCAAUCCAGAAUGAUUACACAGAUACUAAAGUUUCUCCCUUUGAUUUCCCUGAUGAGAAAGUCACCUCUCCAGAUACGGAGAUAAAAUCAACUUCACCCAAAUCCCCCAUCAGACAGGAAGAAGACAACACAGACAAGCACAUGCCAGGACAGCGUCUUGCCACUGAGAAGAAGGAUGCAGUUGAUGAGUUUGACAAGAAAUAUGAAGAGGAGAAAAUGGAGAAAUAUGACAAAUACCCUGUAAAGGACGGCACCAAAGAAAGAUCAAAGAAGAGUGACAGCUCAGAGGAGGAGGGCGAUGUAAUUGAAAAAGCUGAACUUGAAGGAACAGAAGAUGACGAGGUUCUGAAAUAUAAAACAGAGGAGGCAAAAAAGGAGAAAACUGGAAAGGAGUGGGACACCAAGCCAACUGAACAGAAACCUGUAUCAAUCACAGCCCUGGCGGAACAAGCAGCGGCAGCAGCCUCCGAGCAGUUCUCCUUCAUCCAGGACGAGACUAUUCCCGGGUACUCUGAGACUGAACAGACCAUCUCUGACGAGGAGAUCCAUGAAGAUGCAGAGGACAGGAUCCCGCAGCUGCGCUAUGAUGUGGGCUCCUAUGAUGUCUCCGUUCCUGACGUCCCUGGCACCUUUGACUCCAUGCAUGGAAUUAAAGAGAUGAAGAGUUCUGCUGUGUCUGAUGUUGCUGAUGUCAAACCCAAAACAUUCAUGGGAGGUCACGAGUCUGAGCUUGCACCUUACCCUGCCAUCAUUGCUGCUCCUCUUGCAGAGGAAGAGCACAUCUCCUCAGCAACAUCCAUCACAGAAUAUGACAAGCUGUCCUCCUUUGCCACGUCUGUGGCCGAGGACCAGUCACUAGCCUCAGUGACAGCGCCUCAGACCGAGGAAGCCGGGAGGAACUCGCUCCUGCUGGACGCCAUCAGCAGCAUUCCUUCACGUGCAGAGGCCGCUCAAGGAAAGGACUAUCUCCACUCAGCAGGUACCAUUUCGCCCACCUCCUCUCUGGAGGAUGACAAGUGCUUUAAGUCUCCUUCCUCUGAUGAGUACCAGCCCAAUAUUCCUGAGAUGGAGGGUGAUGCAAAGAUCAAAUCGGCUCAUGAAGAAGAAGAAGACGAGGACGAGGAGGAUGAGGACCAGACUCCGAACGUUGACAUCCCUUUGAGUAAACUCCAAGAGGGCUAUGAGCAUGCAACCUACAUGCUGCUCCAGGAGAAGCAGAAAUCUCCCUCUGCCACAUUUUCUCCUCCUUCCCUCUCUCCCACACAGGCUUUCAAAGAAAACCAGUCUCUUUUCAGCACAGAGGGAUUCAAGACCAGUGGUGAACUAAUGCCUGUUUCACCUCCUCCAGCUUUCUCCCCUGGUUUAGAGUCCCACUCCAGACAGGAGAGUGAGGAAAGAUGUCCAAGUCCAGAUGACAGCACCAUGAAACUGGCCUCACCCACACAGUCUGUGCCUACUAGCAGUGGCUACUCUCCAACUGAUGAGAAACCCUUUAAGACGGGAGACAAAGAUGAGAUGGUGACCCAUGUUAAAGCCGACACCCAGAAAACAGAGAAAUCAGUCACAAUUUCAGACAAUACCUCCGUUAUCGGUCUGCCAGGGGACAGGACAGUGUUUGAAGCAUCUGAAGAAUCUGAUGAAGACAAUGAGGAUGAAGAUGACUAUUACACCAAAAAGGAUCUACAGCCAACUGUUAAGGCAAAGCUUAUGGAGGCAAAAGAGGGCUGCUUCUUGGAUGAUGACUACACCUUUGAGGUGGAAUCUGAAAAGACAGAAACAGAAGUCAAGGGCUCCGAUAAGACUCAGGUGUCUUUUAGUACAGAGGAGAAACCAAAAGUUCAGGUGAUGUACUCAGAUGAUGAUGAAGGUGAAAAAGAUGAUGAGUUCCCAUGUGGGGUGGGGUCUAAGCCCUUUUCACCAGAUAAAAGCAAAGUAGACUAUGAAGAGCCUGAGAAAAGUGUUCAUUUCAGUCUGUAUCAUUUUCCAGAGAAGGAGAGCAAAGAAAAGGCCUUGUACAUAAGACAAGACACACCCUACGUGCAUGGCAAAACAUUCUCUUACGGCGACAUUUAUGACAGUAAAACCAGCUCAGUGGACUCCGAUUCAUCUCAUCAGGAGUCCGAAGAUAAGCUGGACAAGGACGUUGCAAAGGGUGAAAUGGAUAUGCAUAAACAUGAGCCCCACUCCUCGGCAGCAGCCACAGACAAGAUGACAGAAAGGGAGGAAUCUCCCAUCUCGUAUGGGCAAGUGUCGUCAUGCUCCAGCACUUCUGUUGUACCCCCGUUUGAGAAGGAGGUUGAAGAAAAGGAGACUGAAUGCAGCGCAGGUAGAGGGCUCCCAUCAGUGGCUGAUCGACCUGAGGCCUUGUCCACUUCUUUAUCAGCAAGGAAAGACCAGAGUGGCAGUACUGAGCCCCAGACAUACCCCUCUCAAACUCCUUUUUAUACUGCAACAGGCUUCAGCGACAAAGGAGAGAGCUUGAAGGUUGAUCUGCAAAAACUUACAGCAAGAGAUGAGGAGGACUACGAUGAUGAUGAAGUAGUUGAUGAAGAUGAGGAGGAGGAAGAAGAAGAGGAGGAUGAUGAUGAGGGUGCUGUUGAUUCCGAUAUGGAGAAAGGUGCCACAGAGAGGUCUGAGAAGGAAGUGACAAGUCCAAUCAGUGACAUGUUUGGCUCCAAUAGGCCUGAAUUUAUGGUUUCCAUGGCUGGAUAUGGCUAUGACAGUCAAGGGAAGCCGAGUGUGAAAGAAAGGAGCUCGCUUACAGAGCCUGAAGGCGAAGCUAAGGUUGAGUCCUCACCCAUCAGUGGAAAGCCAGUGGAUUUAGGAGCUACAGGUCUCUCUGGCUACUCCUCAGGGUUUGAAUACUCAUAUGAAAGUGGUGAGAAAGGUUCAUUCUUAUCAGGCCAGACUGCAGACAAAGGUAAAGAGGAGUUCACGCUGAAAUCAACAGAGGACAGUUAUUACCACAGUGACAGAGCUGAUUCAGAUAUUGAGAAACAGAAGACACCAGACCUUCUGAAUAAGAAGUCACUGGAUGCCGGCUUCCAGUACACAACUACUGCUGCCCCUGGGUUCUCCUCCUCUUCAGCCUAUAGCUACUCCUCCUCCACCUCAGGCUCACUCUCCACCAGCCGCCAGUUUGGAGAGGAGCUGGAGACGCCUGCUUCUGCCGAACCUCUCUUUGAGUACUCCUCCUUUAAAGAUGAACACUCGCUUGGCAUGGAUUCUCCCUUUCCCAGCUACGGUGCUGCCAAAGACGACUAUCUGGAAGUGUCUGAGAAACAAAUCACAACUACAACCAUGGCUGAGUCCACCUCCAGCUUGGCUCGUUUCUCACCCCUCAGCCCGUUCGAGGAGGUCAAGUCUUUCCCCCCUCUCACUUCCGCUGCCUUUGCUGAUGACAAGAAGGAGCAUACGACUUCAGGAAGUGGCGUGACAGAUAAAGGACCUCAGUCUGAUUGUUUCUAUAAGCCUGAAUGGGCUGAAGCAUCCAAGCUGGACACUGCUGUUGGAUAUGGGGCCUCAGCAGGACCAUUCUCUCACACUUCAGUGCUCUCCAAGGACAAAGAGGCAGCCAGCGCUGCUCUGUUUGGUGUCACUUCCUCACCACGCCCAGACACAGAAGGCAAGCAUUACUUUGAGGAGACUGACAGCAGUGAAGAAGAGGAUGAAGAGGCUUACAUGUGUGAGAUCAGUCAGAGGUCUUCCAGUUGCCUGGCUGCUAGCCUCCCUUUUUCUGACAAGCCUGUUUCUCCAGUUGCCAGUGAAAAGCCAGGCGGUGCAACCUCUGAUGUUCUUGGCUCCUACAUUCCCUUACCUCUCCAGGCCAGCAAGCCAGAUACAGCUAAUGGCCCGACAGAGGUCAGCACAAGUUCUGCCCUCCCUGCUGGAGCAGCAGCCAGUGGUGCAGCUCCAGGUCCAGCCAAGGUGGAGCCCAGAGAGGAAGCAGCGGUUUACAGGAGCUCCUAUGAGUGGGAGAUGCCAAAGCCCCAGAUGGGCAUGGUGCCUGGGGACUCCCCGCCCCAUUACCGUCAUGAUGAUGAGUUUGAAGAGGAGUGUGAGAUGGAACCAGAGCACCCUGCCCGCCCACUCUCACUCUCUACAACCGAUCAGCCGUUCCACUCACCAUUCUACGCUGAGGAGUGCAGCAAUGAAGGGCAGGAUGACGAUGACGACAGCGAUCAUGAUCUCGCUGGAGAGGCACCAAUGGGGGCUACCUCCUCUUAUACCAGCCGCACCUCUCCUGGGUAUUCCUCCUCAGAGUACAGGCAGCGCAAAGAGGACCUCUCACCUUCCUUUAUCAACCCAAGUAUGCGGCAGUUAUCCAGUGACGAGGAUGAUGAGGAGCAAGGAUGCAGAAGUGACCAGUCGCAGCAGGAUGAUGAGCAUGACCUGUCAGUGAAGAGAAGGGCUCACAAACACCCCCAUCACCAUGAGUUUCUCAGCAGGGACAGUAGCUCUCUGCACCAAGCUGGCGGCAUGUCUGCAGGGCUGGGUCUGGCCACAGAGGACACGCCCCCCACUUCCGUCAGCGAGUCUCUAGCUUCUCAGUCAGACUCUGAUAUGCCCCCAGGCACUGAAGAAUACCCCUCAGUCACUGGUGAAGGACACAUGGACUCAGAUGAGGAUGCAGACUACUUGCCUGUUGAUAAAUCAUCUGCCAUGGGCGGAGGCAGCCUUCACUCCUCGAGAAGGAGCCAUGACCCCCCUCCUGCUCCUCUCAUGGACCCUCAUCCUCACUCCCCACGGCCAGAUGUUUGCAUGGUGGAUCCGGAUUCUGUGGUUAAUGGUUCGGCUAAGAAAGAGCUAAAAGCAAAGGGCUUAAAGAAAGCCUCUGGGAAAACUAAAUCAGCAUCCCCAGCUAGGCGCAAGAGGUCUCCCAUGCCUGUCAAACAGACACCGUCUCCUCACACUGCCUUGCUGAAGAAGAAGGAGGCAGACAAGAGCUCACGUAUGUCUCGUUUGUCAGAUGGACAAGGCUCCAAAGAUGACGAGCUUUCCAGGUCGAGUUACAACCCUGGCAGGGGGCUGACCAAUGGGCUCAAGAGCAGUUCAGGUUCUCAGAAGCCUGGCUCUCCAGCUGCUCCUGGCCUUCCUAUUUAUGUGGACUUGGCCUACAUUCCCAACCACUGCAGUGCCAAGAACGUGGACCAAGAGUUUUUCAAACGCAUUCGCUCUGCGUACUAUGUGGUGAGCGGGAACGACGCAGCAAGUGGUGAACCAGGCCGAGUGGUGCUGGAUGCACUGUUGGAGGGCAAGGCUCAGUGGGGAUCGAACCUCCAGGUGACACUGAUCCCCACCCACGACACAGAGGUGACCCGAGACUGGUACCAGCAGACGCAUGAGAGGCAGCAGGAGCUCAACAUCAUGGUCCUGGCCUCCAGCAGCACUGUCGUCAUGCAGGAUGAGUCCUUCCCCGCCUGCAAGAUUGAGUUUUAAGAUCCUCGUCUCCUCUCUGGUCUCCCCAGUCUAGAUCUGUUUUUAAUUGCUAUUCUCUAUAGCCUGAUAUGCACAUCUGUCUCUGCUUUGGGUGCUUGGGUGGCCAUUUGCCCAAAAGCUGAAACAGAUCUGGAUAACAAUUUUUUUCUAGUUUUUUAAUCCAUUAUGAGCUCGUCGUGGUGAUCACCAUUUCUAUUACAAUGGUAGUUUUCUGACAGCUAUUUGUCUUCCACUACAUGCCACUCUUCAGUCCUGUAUAAGGAAGAAUGCAGUUUUUCUGUCCUUUACCUUGUUUUUUGUCAGACAGAGCUUCUUUGUUUAUGGGCUGAGACAACACGCCCGUUGUACUGUGCAAAAAAAAAAAGAGAGAAACAAGCUAUUUCUGUAAAUGACAUCACAAGAGAAACCAUUCAAAGCUGGCGCUUGGCUGCUCAUCUUCUAAUUGGCCCAAAUAAAAACACAAGUUUGCACACAGGGUUAAAGCCAGCAGCAAACUACAAAGUGAUGUUCUGCCAGCGAGUCCCAGACAUCAAGUUCAGUGAAUCAGUUUGUUUUGCUGAUAGAAAAUCACUAACUGUAAUCAGUUUUACUUUACUUUCCGUCUCUCCUCUAAAACAGUGACAGUCCCAGUGUUGAACUUUGUGCCUCCUACUGACAUAGUGAGAUAGAAAUUGUUCAAGUAGAUCCCAGCGGUCCUUGCAAUGUCUUUUGAGUAUAUUUGGCGUAGCAUAGCGAAGCUCAUAUUCAGAAAUCUGUAUUGUAGUGAAUUAUGAUAUUCUCUGAAAGUGAAGAAUUUCUCUGUGGCUGUUAUUUCUUACAGUGAACUUGAUGAAUAUGUUUCUCUCUAUCAUUGUUUAUGUAGUCUUUGGUGUAUUUUUUCAGUGUGUUUCCCAGCUAGCAUAUCGUCACAGAGGAUCUUGGGGAGAGAUGUAGGCAGAGGCGGUGAUACUCUUUGGAUCACACCCGAUAUCUUUACAAAGAAUGCAGCACUGUGUUCACAGCUCAUUAGGGGAAAGUAGACAAACCUCAUAUCAGUUGCUGCGUCUGAAAGAUCUUUAUUCAAAAGCUGUUAAAGAACAAAGAAUGUAUUCGACUACAACAGUAGGAACAUGUGGCUGUGAGGCGAGACUGUGUUUGCCUGGUGAAGAUGGGGGCUGGUUUGAUUGGUGGUAGAGGUUAGACUGUCACCCGCAUGUGCCUUUAUGUCCUGCUGUGCUGAAAGGAAAAUGUGAUUUUGUGGUGGUGUGUGUGUGUGGUGCUUUGACAGCUCUGUGGCAGAGGCUCAGACGAGCUGGGUUCCUCUGUGGUUGUCUGGUCUUGGCUGGUGAGAACGUCAGUGCACAAAAAGGCCAGAGUUGUACAAACUGAGCAGAAAACAUUUAAAGCACCAAUUCAGUAUUUCAGUCACUGCAUUUUAGAUUUCCUGAAGCUGCCACUUGGGGAAGCACAAAUAUUAACAAUUGUGCAAAAUUUAAAGU